UUACAGCUAGAUGGAGCUAUGUGGCUGUAGCAUUUCUUUGGCAAGGAUUGCCUUGCAAGUAGGUGCAAUUCCUUGCACAAUAGCUGGAGGCACUGUGCCUCAUUUAUUGUUGGAGUAACAAGCCAAGAGAGGAUCUGCCGCUGGUUUCAAUGUAAUCCUGUCUCUCCCCGCACACAGUCGUCCGACAUGGCGACCAUGAAGAAGCUUCUCGGCGGUACAACCAGCAUCUGAACUCCAUUUGGCUCCACGCAAGCAGCCUGAACUGCGUCUGGAAGUGGAUGUAAAAUAUUUUGUAAAUUGGGAAUUAUACACGUGGAUUAUCCACAUUUUAAAAAAAGGGCUGUACGGUAGCACAACAGAGCACCAUGGUGGAGCCUGAGCACAGAGCAUCAGCAGCCCAGCGUCUUGGAGCCCAGGAGACCCUGGGCAUCAGCACCCUGGACCCUGGCCACCGGCCUCCAACAAUGCCCCCUGGACGCCACGUCUCCAUUAAGAUACGCAUGUUGGACGACACAGAAGAGGUCUUCGACGUCUCGCAAAGAGCCUCUGGCAAGGUGGUGUUUGACCUGGUGUGUACCCACCUGAACCUCGUUGAAGGGGACUACUUCAGCCUAGAGUACCAAGACCACCACAAGAUGAUGGUUUGGCUAGACCUCCUUAAGCCAAUAGUCAAGCAGCUGAGACGGCCCAAGCACACAGUCCUGCGAUUUGUGGUGAAGUUUUUCCCCCCUGACCACACCCAACUACUGGAGGAACUGACUAGGUACCUCUUCGCCCUGCAAGUCAAGCAUGACCUUGCCUGUGGACGUCUGGCCUGCAACGACAGUAGCGCGGCCCUGCUGGUCUCCCAUAUUAUCCAGUCUGAGAUUGGGGACUUUGAGGAGAGCCAGAGUCGGCAGCACCUCCUCAACAACAGCUACAUUCCAGACCAGGUGGCUCUGAUCGACAGGAUCAUGGAGUUCCACUCCAAGAAUGUGGGUCAGACGCCAGCAGAGUCGGACUACCAGCUGCUGGAGGUGGCACGCAGGCUGGAGCUGUACGGAGUGAGACUGCAUCCUGCCAAGGACCGCGAGGGCAGCAAGCUGAGCCUGGCCGUGGCGCACACUGGUGUCCUGGUCUUUCAGGGACACACCAAGAUCAAUGCCUUCAACUGGUCCAAAGUGCGCAAAUUGAGCUUCAAACGGAAGCGGUUUCUCAUCAAGCUCAGGCCAGACCUGAACCAGAGCUCUUACCAGGACACUCUGGAGUUCCUGAUGGGUAGCAGGGACUGCUGUAAAGUCUUCUGGAAGAUCUGUGUGGAAUACCACGCCUUUUUCCGCCUCUUCGAGGAGCCCAAACCCAAACCCAAGCCUGUCCUCUUCACCCGAGGCUCCUCCUUCAGAUUCAGCGGUCGGACCCAGAAGCAGGUGAUUGAUUACGUGAAGGAUUCUGAGUUUAAGAAGAUUCCCUUUGAAAGGAAACACAGCCGGGUCCAGCACAGCAGCAGCCGUCUGUCUCCACUGCCUUCCCCGCACCGCCCUCAAGUGCCAAAAGAAGUCAGUGUCUCCUUCGAGAGUGUGAGCCGUGCUCCAGGAGACAUAGUGGACUCUCCGCCACGCCGUCACUGGAAGGAGUCCGUGUUGGUGAGCGCCGAAGACCCAUCGGCCCUGCGGACCAGAAGCAGCCCCUCCAGCCAGAGGAAUGGGGCACACAGCGAGGAAAGGCCAGGCCCCGGGGCAGAACCAGGCCCAGCCAGGCAGCCCCACCCAGAACAUCUGAACACAGCAGGAGUGGUGUCCAACAGCCCCCAUCUCUCUGUCUCCUCCGGUAACUCCCAGGGCAUGGUCAAUGGUCAGAAGCCGGUCGAGCUCUGUGGUCACAGUCCGGACGGUCGGCAGCCCUCCCCCCUUACCAGCCCCCUGCUCAACGAUGCCGGAAGCGUGCGCACCGACGAUGAAGACGAGGUUCGGAGGAAGAGAUUCCCCACCGACAAGGCCUACUUUAUUGCCAAGGAGCUGUUGACCACAGAGAGGACCUAUCUGAAGGACCUGGAGGUCGUGACUGUGUCUUUUCAGAACUUGGUGGGAAAAGAUGACGCUGCACCGGACUCCCUGAAGAGCACCAUCUUCUCCAACUUUGACCCUCUGUACAAGUUCCACUCCGGCUUCCUCAGAGAGGUGGAGCAGAGACUGGCUCUAUGGGAAGGGCGCUCCAAUGCCCACAUUAAAGGAGAUUACCAGCGCAUCGGUGAUGUCAUGCUGAAGAAUCUACAGGGCCUGAAGCCGCUGACUGCCCACCUCCAGAAGCACUCGGAGGCCCUGGUGGAGCUGGAGAAGGCAUGCCGGGGCUCCCGGCGGCUGGAGGUGCUGGUCCGGGACUUUGAGCUGCAGAAGGUGUGCUACAUCCCUCUCAACGUGUUCAUCCUCAGGCCCCUGCACCGCCUCUUGCAUUACAAGCAGAUCCUGGAGCGUCUGUGCAAACACUACCCCCCCACACACGUGGAUUUCAGGGACUGCAGAGCCGCGCUGGCGGACGUGUCAGAGGUGGUGGCCCAGCUCCACGGCAGCAUGAUCAAGAUGGAGAACUUCCAGAAGCUUCUGGAGCUUAAGAAGGAUUUGAUUGGCAUCGACAGUCUAGUCACUCCAGGGCGGGAGUUCAUCCGGCUAGGCUGUCUCAGCAAGCUGUCUGGAAAAGGCCUCCAGCAACGAAUGUUUUUCCUGUUCAAUGAUGUCCUCUUGUAUACGAGUCGAGGAAUGACGGCGACGAACCAGUUCAAAGUGCAUGGGCAGCUCCCUCUCCACGACAUGACAAUCCGGGAGAGCGAGGACGAGUGGGGUGUGCCUCACGCCUUCACCCUGGUUGGGCAGCGUCAGUCAGUGGUGGUAGCAGCUAGUUCCCUGUCAGAGAUGGAGAAGUGGAUGGAGGACAUUAAGAUGGCCAUUGACUUGGCAGAGACCAGCAACGGCCACACGGCUGACCUGCUGGCCAGAAGUCUGACUGAUAACAAAUCCACAACAGAGGACUCCUGUGCGGAGGCGGAGUCUGAGGACGACCUGAUGGCGUCACGCACCUCCCUGGAGAGGCAGGCCCCUCACCGUGGUAACACCACGGUGCACGUGUGCUGGCACAGGAACACCAGCGUGUCCAUGGUGGACUUUAGCAUAGCUGUGGAGAAUCAGCUGUCAGGAAACCUGCUGAGGAAGUUCAAGAACAGCAACGGCUGGCAGAAACUCUGGGUGGUCUUCACCAACUUCAGCCUGUUCUUCUACAAGACCCACCAGGAUGAUUAUCCUCUGGCCAGUCUCCCCCUGUUGGGCUACUCGGUCACCAUCCCCACUGAGUCUGAAAACAUCCACAAGGACUAUGUCUUCAAACUGCAUUUCAAAUCCCACGUCUACUACUUCAGAUCUGAGAGCGAAUACACUUUUGAGAGGUGGAUGGAGGUCAUUCGCAGUGCCACCGUCUCUGCCAGCAGCACCCGCAUUCUGAGCCGGAAAGAGCCCCAUCCGUACUGAUCCAAAGAGCAAGGGCUCUCUCCCUGUCUCCAUGCCUCUUCUCCCUACCACAAAUCUCCCAUAGGGUCUGGCCACAUCUAGCCUCUCAUCACACUACAACUCCCCAAGCAGCAAGCUGAAGCAGAGCCCCUCUGGCGCCACAUUCACUUCACUUCUCUGGACACUCUUGAUUUCCUUUUCUACACAUAUCUGGGACAUAUGUACAUUGAGCAGUGUCCAUGCACAAUCUUGGUGCUUUUUAAUGCUUUAAUGGUGACAUGUCCGCUGGUUUAGACUGCAUCAGAGACUGCAUUUUCAGCAUUUUUACUCAGCUCUGAACCUCUUUUUGUAGGAUGCCAUUUUAUACUGUUUUCUAACGGGCUGAAUCACUUACUGUACUUCUGGUUUCACAUUCUGUCAUUGGAUUGUUUUUAUGGUGGGAACAUGUUGAUACAGAGAUUCUGCAUUUUAAAACUUUUUUUUUCAUAGAUGGUUAGAAUAUCACUGCAUCCUCAAGAUUUUUGUCUCCUUGUUUACUUUAUGGGGGAAAAUAAUAAUGAAAAAAAUGAUAAUAAAAAAGUGCCAAACAGUUUAACCAUUUUCCUACACUUUUAAUGCAAUUUUACUACAUUGGUGGUGAGGAGACUUGAAAUGUGUUGUAAGAAAAAAAGAAAAAAAAAGUCACAUUAAAUUCCAUUUUUCUUUUAAUAAGAUGUCUCUGGACAGUGAGAGACCUUGUGAUAAGUAAGAUAUCAGAAUAUUUUGUUGUAUCAUCGACUUAACUCUAGAACUACUUAUAAAGCUAUCAGGGUAGUUACCAUCACCACUAACGCCAUUAUUCAAGUGAAGUGAAUAUUCCUGUUAUGCUUUGUUGUGAGGAUACUUCAGAGGGUGUUCUGAAGACUAUUAUAUUCCACCCUCAAUUGUGUGAGAAAUGUGAGAUGUUCAUAAUCUGUGUAUUAUGAAGGAAACUGUAAUGGAAAGCUUUAAAGAAUAUGUGUGAAACAAAAUCUAAACUUUCAGUUCCAAGCACCAUUGCCCUUGUUGGACUAGGCUGCCUCCCAUAUGUAAAGAGACCUUUACAAGUCUAAAUUAAAUGGAUAUAUGCAUAUGACAGAGAGGGAAAACUUUGGUUUUCCUUAUUGAGGGAAUGCUGUGUUUUCCCAGACACCAGAGAGCGCUUUGGAAAUGAAAGCAAUAAAAACCUAAUUUGAACA